AUGCGGAGCGGAAGCCGAAGAAUUAACAGCGGUUUUCUGUACGUGUCUAAUAAAACGCUUUAAUUUCACCCUUUUUAGAUUUCAAUAUUUUUAAUUUAAAUGUUUUGCAUUUGCGGUCUACAAUCAUUGAAAAUAGUAAAAUUGAUGACUAAAGUUUUUAGCUUGGACGUUCAUAUAUGAAUUAACCGUCACCUUUUAUUCUUAUCGCCUUUCUUUCAUGCAUCAAGCCAGAUAUUUUAGCGUCGUGGUCACGCGAAUUGUUAAUGCUUCGCCGAAUAAAACAUACACAUUUUUAAAUAUACGUACCCUCCUUAAGGGUAGUAUGAACUUUAAAGACACUUUCCUGCGCUUGUUUAUCACGGCUUGGCCCUAACCUCAGAUAGGACGUCCCCUUAGGAGGAUGAAUAGCAGCUUGGUUAGAAGUAGAUAAUCGGCAAUUUUUCACAUUUUCUUUCCUGUCUUCAGUAACUUAGAAUUUAUGAGUGCCCUUGCUACGUGCAGUUACCUUAAGGUGAAACCGGGGUUUUGAACCAUCAAGUCGUUACUGGUUGCUUCCUAUCCAUAACCGAAUAACAUACACGAAUUCUUAAACAAAAUGGAUAAUGCAAUCCAAAAAUCGGCUUUUAGUCCACUUCCCCAAGGUUGGGCCCGCCGUGACGUCGGAAAUGGUUCAGCAUGUCUUACCAAUCCCUCGAAGAGACCGAAAUGUGAAAAAGGAAAUUUGGGUUAUGAAAACAUUCAAAGCGCGUCAAACAGCAUUCUCUUCAGUCAGUUAUCUACUGACGUGAGUCGUUUUUUAAAUUAAUAUCCCAAAUUUACCUUCUUUUAACUGUCUUAAAUCAUUUUUACUUCAGUGCUUACGGGGAACCGACUUUGAAAAUAGCCCACUAAAAUCAUUUUGCGCUUUCUUGUCUGCAUUUAGUCUCAUCGAUCACAUUGCAUAAGAACAAAUAACAGACAUUUGUGAGAGAGAACGUUCAGUAAGAAAUCACAAUUGUGAUUUCUUAACGAACGUUCUCUAGAGCUCUUAUCAUGUGUUAAGAACGAUGAAAUUAUGCCAACAUUGGAAUAUGUCCCCCACCUGUCUCAUAUGUACAAGAGACACUUAACCUAGUUAACAAAUGGCAAAAAUUAAUAUUUAUAUGGUUGCUUUGUACAUGGAUACACAUGGUUACCCAUCAUCAUAAUUCACUGUGUUCAGCUUGCUAUUAUAUUUUUCAGAGGUCAAGCUGGACAGCUUCGGACGCUUAAUGAGUUCGGAUAUAAAUUUUGAAAAACGUCUCAAAUUUUUUUAUGUUAAAUAAUUUGUUAAAAACGUUAGCAAAGAUAGAUUGAUGAUAUAUGCCCAAUGAAACCAGAUGUGACUAUUUUUAAAACUGAACAUGUUCACACUGAAGUUCAACUGAAACCUAUAGGUUUCAGUUGAACAUAUCUAUACAUAUGUCGCCUCAAAUUCCGGAAGAACUUAAUUCUUUAGCUUGACCAUAUUUAAAGUAAGGCACGUUUUCGGGCGUAGGCUAUGCCUUCUUCUCUUUUGUUAUUCAAGCAUUAACUUGAGUUAAUCCACUAACCUGCCACCUUUGUAGGCAUUAACUGUCACCAAAUAUGAAUCUUGUUCAAAUGACGAACUGUUUAGAAAGACCUGUUUAUUUAACGCCACUUUUUUUAUUCUUUGCAAGAGGGGUUUCCUUGUAACGACCAUUUCUGAGCAUUUGUAUCACAGCCUUUAUUUUGUAAUAGACGUACACUUUUAUUAAUGGAACAUAAAUUAUUGUCAUUAUUGUAAUUAGUGUCAUAUCUGCUUUACACUGUCAACGUCGGCCCCAAAAAAUUAUAUCUUUGUGUAAAUUCCUAGCAAAUAAUAAGGCCAUCGACGGUGACGCCUCUACUCAAACUAGUUUAGCAGACUUAUUAAAUUAGAUUAACUUCGUUCAUUUUAUGUGUGUUUCAAACGCAAGUAUCUAUAAACUUUAUGUGCCUCUCCUUGUUAGGAAUUCCACGCACUUAUUAGAUAAUGGCUUGUUGGCGUCUUUAGUGACCCAAUCCUUAAAGACGUGCUUUUGUAGUUUUGCUAUUAUCGCUGAAAAUUACAACAAACGUUAUGAAAUUAAGAUUGAUGUUUUCCUCAGGUGUUUGAAUCUCCCACUGCCAAAGGACCUUCAAAGUCGUACAGAAGAAGGUAAUUUAUGUUUACUACAAAUCGCAUGGAAUAGUAGAGUGCAUCUUUUGCAGUCACGCUUUCUGUUUCGGAUGUUAGUAACAAUUUUAAGAUGGACUGACAUCUUUUUUGUCUAUUAUAAUACUGAGAAACUAAAGAGUGAACUAAUUAUCCAAAAAACGUCUGCUAAAUGUUUUCGUUAUUGCUGCCAAAUAAUUGCAAAAACAAAUUAUAGAUGUCAAACAAAAUAAAAGUAAGGAUAAAUGCUUUAGGAAAUAUUUAGAUUCCUAAAUUGUGAAGCAUUGUAUACUUAUUUUUUUCAUUCAAGGAGACGUCUAGAUGACGCUUUCGAUGCAAUAAUCCGGCAUGCGGGCUAUGGGUAUGUACAUUCUGACAGAGUACUAUACCGCAUUUUUGUAAGCAAAGGUUUAAAUUGUAUACGUUUUCUUAAACUGCACUGAUAUAAAUGUCUGUUUCAGUAUUUACACAGCAGUCUUGGCAGCCCGUGGAGAUUUCAUUAAAUCCUGGUCGUUUUCAUGCGCCCCUACUAGAGGGUUGAACUUGAUGUUGUAUAUUGUCUUAAAUUACAUAAGUAGAGGUCUAAUGGGCAGUCACGCAAAGCCUACCAUUUCAUAACUUAUACGUCUUAAACAAAAAAUCGAAAAAUGAGCGGGAUUUAUUGCAAAAUUUGUUUUACUCAGUCAUUUUUCCACACGCUGACAAAGGAGAUCAGUAGGAUGGCCAGUUUUGUCAAUUCUAAGCGGCAGGCCUCUUAUCGUGCUGAGCGUUUUUAUUUCUCCGCUAUAGCGUAGACGCAUUUUUUGAACUAGGAACUAGCGGAUCUCCUCGGUUUUAUCGCAACGCCGGUUAUAGUUCUUACAUGUGACACGCAAACAGCGGCUAAGAAAACAGUGGCUAAAAUAAGAGUUUAAUGUCAACAUCAACAAAAGCCAGUAAUAAAAGAAUAAUAUAAUAAGUCCACUCCGUCAAAACUGCUGCAAAAGUCAUGAUGGCAACCUUUUUAAAGUAAGUUCACAAAUAAUAUCUACCUUUGAACUCUGCUUUCCUAUGGAAAUCAAGGUGAAUUUUUAGUGGAAGCAAAGACUUAAGCUCGCAAUAGCAGCGGACAUAAAAGGUAUUUCAGGCUGAAAAUUCUUAUUGAGUGAGCCGAUCGUAUGCGCAGAAACCGUGCCUCUUCAGGGAUGGGCUUUGGUUGUCCAAUACCCGUAUUAGUGGAAAAGAUUUUCAAGAAAAUCAUUUAAGAAAUAAUAAUUAAGAGAAUCUCGAUUGACAGAUUUAAGCAAAAUCGCCCCAUUAUCUCAUGUAUACUGACGGCCUCAUUUGUAGACCUCAAAACGCAGCAGGAAAAACCGUAAUUAGCCGAGUCGACCCGAUACUUUGAACAUUGCGGAGGUUUAUUUUAUAAAAGGCCAGUUCCCAAUUUCAAAAUGACUACCGGUAUGGCGAGUGGCUUUAUUAUGACAAAACGGUCCGUAGACGUAUUCCGAAUAAGCUGGGUGACGUUAAACAGAAUAACUUGAACUGGUAUAAAUACAUUGAUGGUCUAAGCUGUAAAUUCAGGCACAUGCUCCAAAUCAAAACGGAAAUGAAUAUAUAGGAGGACAGUCUCCGCACAACUAGACAGAAGAUAACGGAUACGUUAAAUGUCAUCGCCUUCCUCAUAAACGUUGCCGUCAGCAAAAAAUUUAGAGCUAAUUAGCGUGGGAGGGACACUAAAUAUUGCUUGCUUGAAUUACAGGGUUAACGUAUACUCCAGGCAUAUAAGUAUACCCUUCUCUGUUUUGGGCUAUCCUGCCUUGUUCGAGCAUCUUUUAUGGUCGACCGAAUUCCGCUUAUUUUGUGCCUAUUUGGUGAGAAAUAAACAGACAUAAAAUGAAAAUCCGUCUAGCAGAAUGUGCGAGAACUUCAUCUGCAGAAAGCCGCUGCAGGAGCUGUUGUGUUAAUGUCAGGAGACGUUUAUACGUGAAUCUAUUCUAUACACUGUUGAAAUAUUUGUCUUUGGACCAUGCGAUCCGCCGCACAUAUGUAUGCGAUAGGUUAAACACAGCUCGAUCGCCAAAACCAUCUAGUUGUUUGCCUUAGAUUUUGAGCUACGUAAAUAUGGAACAAGACGUAGUAACUGUAAUCCAAAGUGCUGUCAUACAUGAGCGCUUGAUUGGAAAUGGGAUCGCGUUAACUGACAAUAUGAUCACGAAUCAUCGCAGUCAUGCUUGAUUUGAGGGUAUAAAGAACUUUGUCAAGGGUUAGGCCCCAAGGACUUUCAGUCCGAGAAGUGGCGAAGGCUCAAAUAACGGACAAGUUAAACGACAGUUCUAGCUCUCGACCUACCCCUUCUUAGUUUCAGGGACUGCUUGAAACACAACAUCCUGGGCGUAUACGCUGUUGAGUGCUAGUAAAGCGUCAGGAAAUGGGGCUUUAACGAUUUUCUAGUUGUUGCCUAAAAGAUAGCUAGCCUUCUUUUAUUAAAGAGUUUGGGACAUUUCAGGGAAAAAAGCAUAUGCGAGGGAGAACUUUCGCAGACAGAGCAUUCUUAUCGUCCAUGGAGAAGUACAAGGCCACCCCCGAAUGCCGAAUCCUCAGUCAGUAUCUCCAAACACAAUAAAUCGGACUUUAUCCAGUAUAGGAGCGAGGUAACAGACCAAAAAGUUGAAAGCACUCAAGAAAAGGACGGACAUUUUUCGCAGGAUUUAAGAAAGUCCACAGACAUCUGCAGUUUUAAGGACUGGCGGCGGACUCCGUUCCAAAAACAAAGGCCAACUGCAGAUUUCGGUCGUGAUAUUCGAGGCCAUCCUAUGUGUUGCUUGUCUACGUACCCCCCAGAGUAUGAGACGAGACGACCAACCCCUUCAUGGGUACAUACGGAUUUAUACGUAAGACGCAGAACUGGAUAUUAAGUUUUAUCCCCUAGGAUAAAUUCAGUCCUCAUUCAUUUGUUAGGAAUGCGGCUUAUUUUAAAGCAUUAUACUCUUUUCAGUGAAAAAAAUGAGAUUAAACGUGCAUAACCUAUAUGUGAUGCAACAGGGAAUUCUAGCAGUUUGUUGCUAAUAGGCAUGAACGGGCACUAUUUUGCGUUCUGAACCAUUAUAUUUGUAAGCAAUUGCAACCGAUCGGCGCGGGGACUACGUACAAUUAUGAUCUUCAAAUAGAUCUUUUUUACUCACAAUGAGCCCUCAAUGCUCUCUUGGUGAACUAGGGAUUGGGAUUAAUUAUCCCUGAAUUUAUAACUUGAUGUUCCAACCUGUAGGGCAGAUUGUGUGCUUUUUUGGAUGAUCGCCCGUGCUUUAUCCUGAGAUGCUCAAUGAAGUCUAACUGGCACAAAUAUUUUAGGAAGGUGCCAACUUUGGGGAUAUAUUAUUUCCAAUUUUUGUUUGUCACCUACAGAGUUGCGUCUUGAUUUUCGUACUUCCAUUCUCCCUGAUAAAUUUUAGCCACGAAAGAGCGUUUUUACCCUGAAAAUGACUUUCUGGAAAAUAACUAGGGAUUUUUGACAGUUUUAAAUCGUUCAUUUUACCCAUUUGUGAAAAACUCGGCAACCCCGGUGGGAUUCGAACCCCCGAGAGCAAGAAAAGGGCCGUGGUUGGGCCAAAGGUUUAACCACGCGAGCUAGAGGGUCCCACUGGGGCCGCCGAACUUUUCAUAUCAUUGAGACUACAAAUGUUGGAUCCCGUCUCCAGUUGCACUAAAUAUGUUGAGCAAGAUUUGCUUUCGAUAGGUCCAGCCAUCUGGAGUAUGAAAACAUGGUUUUGAUUGCGAAGAACUUGUAGGCUUUUGUGAAAUGUUUAUAUCUUUUAUGAAUGUCUCUUUUCUUAUAUUAAUAUCACAAAUUGCCCCUCCCUACGUGCUUCAGGAUUCAAAUCCAUUGGAUCCAAGACAUAAUCCAUGUCAUUUCGAAAGUGCCAAUAACACAGAAGAAAUUUUCUUUUGCGAAGAAUACAGAAAUUUUCCGCAAAUUCAGUCCUGUCGCUCUCCAAGGGAGAAGUGCGGUUUUCUAAUAAUGCCGACGAUUUCACCACCGGAUUCUGAAUACCGUAACCGCGUAAAAACUGGUGAUUUUUCUGUCGCCCCCUAUUGUUGUUGCACUGACGGGGUUUUCAGGUACGAUCUUGUCCAUAUCAUCAAUCAAAUGUUUUGUCAAUUCGCAAAAAUUUAUGCAACCGCUGUAGCCAUCUUUGACUACUAUUUCCAUUUCCACGGGAUUACUAACAAGUGCCCGAAUGUAGGUUUGUUACAUUUUGUUCAUGACGCAAAAUUCACAUUAUACUGCCAUCAUAUUGCUAAGAUGUUAACAGGUUUGUGCAAGAAGAAAGACGGCCAAAGGAAAAGAUUUCAUAGUACCUUAUAGUUUCCAAAUAUGCCUUACGCAGAUGACUUAAUCUUCUUGCGUGCAGUAGUUGACUAAGCUAUUAAAGCACCGACGCAAACCCUUAAGCAUGUAUUAAAGUAAAAAGUAGUUUGUAGCAAAGUUCCCCAGUAUUGACAGACAUGGAGCAUAGUCGCAAGUUAAUUUGUUCACCCUAAUGGGUUAGCGUCCCACAAUUGUUUUUCCCCAUUCGGCAGUGCAAUCUUCAAUAAAAGAAAGUGUACGUUGUUUGUGUAUAUCCCUUGUAAGUGUUUUAGGAUUUCAUUUGUUCCACACAUUUAUGUAUCGCUGAGACGACUCAUCAGCUGUUCUAACCGAGUUGUAAAUAAAAUCUUUGGGGAGUUGAAGUUUUAUUUCAAGCUGUACGACAAAGCAUGCAUGUAUUCACAAGUUUCUGACUGCUCGCAGCUCGCUGAUGAUACUAGGGGCGAGUGGUCCUUUAUUCAGCGAAAGUUGUAGUUAACACAAUGCUUUUGUAGAAUCCUAAGUAAUUCUUGGCAAACACACAUGACCUUACGUUAGAAGUCUGAUGCAGACGACUCCUUAACCUUUGAUUCGGAUAUAUUGAGCUUUCAAACAUUUACUAAUAAAGGAAGUUGUAAAACUGCAAAUGGCAUCCUCUACCACGCUGACAUAUAAAAAUAUUACUAUUCUAGAGUUACAGCGUUGGCAUGAAUGGAGUAUAAACUGAAGUUAACUGAAGUAUCCAUCAAAGACCUUCAUAUUCUAUUGUAACGACCCCACUGAGGAAAGUCUUCAGUCCGUAGAGCGUAGGUGACAAAAAACGCCGUACACCUUCGGCUAGAAGUCGAUGUCAGAGCUUUUGAUGUUAAAACCACUUCUCCUACUUAAUAGUUUAUUUUUCAAACCCAGUGGGAUCUCGUUAAACUUUUAUGAAUGUAAACAGAAAGAGACAUAACCCAAGAAACAUGAUGCGCAUCAUCUAGAUGACAAUUUUGGCGCCUUUGGAAAGUUUUGCACUCCAGAAAAGUGUUUUUGAAUGCAGAAAUGUUGCUCAACUUCUUUGCGACGAAAAAAAUGAUUUUAGGCGGGCUCAAAAGUUAUUGUACUUUCAGGAAAUUUCCCAUCUUAUAUUGCCUUAUGUCACCUCUACUUACAAAUGCGCGUUUCGCUUGUAGAGGAUAUUAAAAAACGUCAAAAAUUGCCAGAACUAUUAUCGCUGGCUUUAAAGUUUGAUUUUUGGUUCCGCCUGAUUCAGGUGAGGCAAGAUAUGCGAAACUGCGAAACGUCUCACAAACAAGCCGCUUUUUUGCAUCGUCAAUUCAUGGAAAUAGGCCUUUAGGUGGUGCGAUUUCUGAUUAUGAAUAAUUCAGAACCGGACAGACAGUACACUGCCUAAUGGAGAGAUACAGUAGCAUCCGUAUGAAAACUAUUUGUGGCAAUCAGAGUCAUUGAACGGAGCUUAAAUGAAAAAAACGUCGAAAUGGCUUCAAAUUAAGGAAAACUAGGAGUUAUUUGUUUGCGUCGGCAAAUUUAUCAGCAACCGUACGGUUGGUGUAUAAGUGGACAACAUGUCUUAAUUUUUUCCGUCAACGUAAAUCCGAAUGUGGACAUUUAUUAGCGAAAUAACUUCUUAAAACCUCAUUGGAAGACUCGUUCGUUCUAUGAGGGGUUUUUAGUCCCAGGCAUAAUCAUCGUAUACUUUCAGUGUGUACGUCCACUGCUACACAAAACAUGGUGUGCAUAUGAUCGUAUCCGCUAAUUCUUUCCAAAAUUCUUUGUCCCUGGCCAGCCUCUCUACAGGCCACCAGUUUUAUUUUAUUUUUAUUUUCAGUUUAUUUUCCGAUUUCCCGGUAAGAUUUGAUUUGAUAGCCCCACCUGAUGGACACAAAAUUGCUGGGUUUGGGGUUAAGGGUUACGAUUAGGUGUUAGAGAUAGGGGUUGCGAUUAGGGGUUAGGGUUAGGGGUAAGGGUUAAAUGUUAGGGUUAGCGGUUGGGGUUUGGGAUAAGGGGCCAUAGUCAGGGGUUGGGUGUAGGAUUAGGCGUUGGCGCAACUAUUUCUCAACCAUGGAAAGCACAACCACGCACUCCCAAUAGCUUUUCCUUACCAUACAACUACUUGACCUCGUCGCCCGUGCGUUAUCCGGCUCCACCUGUAAAAACGCCUAUUACCACAGGUCCCGUAUAAGAGGUGAAUGGGGUUUGUUUACUUCAGUUGGGGCUACCAAACCACAUCCGACCGAUUUUCCGGCCAAAUCAAUCUAUUAUGCACCAUUUUGAGCCUGUGAUCAACGGAUUAUACAAAUGCUCUGGAGCCAUUAUGAUAACAAGUAAGUACGUCGACAGUAUCAACGUAUAAUGUCGGGCUACCAACUGCGAUCUUGGCCUUUAUUGUUUAGAAAGCUGGACCGGGCAGUUGAUGGCGGCAAUGCAGUGCACGUUGUAUACGUCGAUUUUAAGAAAGCAUUUAACAGUGUACCACAUAAGUGUCCCCUGUACAAAUUAGGUCGAACAGGCAUUAGGAGUAAUCUCCUGAGGUGGAUCUCUCUCAAAUUGUUCCCGUUCAUAGCAGGCAGUCGGCGAAAGUAGCGGUUGAAAUCCGUGUUCCUCAGGGCUCCGUCAUUGGCCGUACCCUUUCAUUAUAUAGGUCAGCGACUGCAUCAGUGAACGUAAUUGUAGUGUUGCUGUGUUCGCUGAUGAUGUUAAGCUUUGGAGAGUCAUCCGAACUGAAUUUGACGAAGAGCGCUUGCUGGCAAACUUAACCCGACUCGAGAAAUGGUCACAGGGCUGGUUUCUGCCGUUUAAUGUAACUAAGUGCAACUUUCUGCGAGUCAGUAGGACCCGAUCUCCGAGCCGGAGUGUCAACCACCUAAAUGACUUACUAUUGCAGGAGGUAAACGCCCAGAAAUACUUGGGUAUGUGCGUCACGACUUCAUUUAAACCGUCGCUCCACUGCUCCAAGGUGGCCAAGUCCGCAAUGUCAGUCAUUUACCUUGUCAAGCGAACUUCCUCUACCUUCGAUGAGAACUGCUUCGUUAAUGUCUUUCGGUCAUUUAUACGGCCAUAGUUAGAGUUCGGUAUUCAAUCGUGGAAACCCUGGACCUCUAAAAACCUCAGCAUCUGUGGGAAAGUUCAAAGGCGGGCAGCGAAACUCGUUAGUGGACAGGGUUAACUACCCUACGAAACACGGCUAUCCAAUCUCGGACUUUUUCAUUGAUUCAUAGACAGCUAAAAGACGACCUGAUACAAACAUCCCGUAUAAUGCGCAGCCAGGACUAUUGUCUCUUACCAGCUGAUUUCUUUGACUUAGCAACCACAACGAACCUCCGCUUUCAUCCACUUAAACUACGUGCGACUGGCGCCAGGCAGAACAUGCGAAAGUUCUUCUUUUCAAACAGAGUGAUUGAGGCAUAGAAUGCUCUGCCUGCAAAUAUCGUCAUGUCCACAUCCGUCGAGGCUUUUAAGCGCAAGUUGGACCAGUAUACUACUAAACGUCAUAAUGUCACCUGACCGAUAUCAUCUAGGCAUUCCGUUCUGACAGUAUAUUAAUGUUAUUAUAUUACUGUCUAUAUUCCAGUAACGUUUGCUUUUUUAUUAUCCCAAGGCUGUUGAAUGUGAGCGUUGGCAUUCAAUUCGUCUCUCAGAAAUUGAGAUCGCACCAAUUAUGCAUAGACUGACUACUGUACAGCACAUUUAGUAACGUUAAUAUUUUUGACACUUGGAACAAUUCAUUUAUCGGACUGGUUUCGAAAAACUCCUGCGGCUGUUUGAAGCUACCAUUUUCACAUUCUUGAUAUAAUUCGUACCCCAGUAGCAAACAGGGAGUUUAAAAGUUCAACACCUAUCUUUUGCUCAAAUAAACUGAAGUGAAAUGAACUGAUCUGCAUUUUCGAUGGGGUUGACAUGGAUUUCAGUUUAUUGAACUGUCUUCGUGUGUUUAUCUUCCUGUCUCGUUUUUGCCGGAGCGGAUAUUGUUCAGCCCAGGCAAUAAACAACGGAUCCGCCAAGCAAUGCGGUGCACUCCGUCCUUUUUUCCUCAGUGACAAUUCGGUACCUGCACAAGCCCAGGUGACAAGCGUUAAUCAGCGCCCUCAUCAUUAGCUUGCGAAAACGUUGCAUAACGUCUCUACCCAAUUCUAUAUUCACGGGAGCUUUGUAACGAAGGCUCUUCGGCGUCAGUCCGUCACGAUUACAUUUGCGUAGAAAGCAUAGCUGUUCAUAUGUUGCUGCCUCUCGCGUGGGAAAUGUCUCCCAGUUGAGAGCUGUGCGAAUCGUACCGCGCCGAAGUUCUCACGGAUGAAGGCAAAUAUGCUCGUCCCAGGUUCUUGUUAAAAAAAGACGAAAACACGUCCACUGGAACGGUUGAUUCCUUAGUCUAUGGUUUCGAACUCGUACGGAAGUCCACCCCCUCCUUCCUCUUUUCGCUGUUCGACCACAAAAUUUUCACUCGUUGUUGCAUUCAAAGUCUCUGAUGGUGGACCCCUCUACGAGUUUGAAAGCUCAGACUAGUGCACCUACCAUUUCAGUGAUCGCGUCUUCGUCUUUUUUCAACAAGAACCUAAAACGCACACAUUCGCCUUUAUUCAAGGUAUGUUCAUGUUUCAAAAGUUAAACUGCUUUCGUUGUUUACAGAGCACUACCAAGCCGACCAAUGCCAGGAGUUUCGCGAGCGUUACCCCCGAGGUAUCUUCCAUCGGAGGACCAGGGGCGAGAAAUCCAAUUUGAAGUUUCAAGCCAGUCAUCCAAGAGAUCCACAGGAUGCCCUUCGAUGGGUCAUACUUUUGAUAGCAGUCGGAUGCACGAAAGCAACCUAGUGUCGUUUUGCGAACAGGAGCACGACCAUCAAUCAGAUCGGCCGGUGUCGACUGACUCCCUUUUAGAGGUCCUAACAGAGGACUGGGUUCCAUCCCUUGUCCAAAAUCAUUCCAGCCCAAGACAGGAACUCUUGCAGUCGAUAGAACCGCAUGAAAAAGAGCACAGCACGUCGAAGUCAACAUUCUCGACCUCCAACUACCAACGAACAGAGACACCACAAAAAGAUUUUUGGCAAGAUAUACAGUCAGCUGGUCCACAACUCAUACCGACUCCCAGGCCUAAUGGCAUUAACAAAGCAAUCCAAACAUCGCCUGGAGAAUUUGUAAGAAUCCUUAGUUGUUUUCUUGAUUUUAAAGUCUGAAGAUGACCAGAUGCAUAGGAACUCUUCUGAUAAUUUCCUGUCAUUUGGAAAUAGUGCUCUGUCUGUUGAAGCUGUUACCAUUGCAGCUGCUUCCGGAAUGACUUUAAAUAAAGUCGACAUAAUGAAAAUAAGACGAGUGACAGUAAUUGUGGGAUUCAUGCGACUAUUAUCAGUGCCUUUCUGCAAGUUCUAGAAUUCUGAAAACCAAAGAUAAACGUGGUGUUUUUCAGCUGUCUUAUAUCACGGUGUGUUAUUCAGGUGAAAUCUUAGUACGCGUUCAUGAGGGUACUAUGUACAUUACCUGCUUGGGAAACAGGACGUAUUUUAUGAAUCAGACAGUUCGAGGACCAGUGAAGACCGCAAAGGUCAUAUGCGUACUGUGGACUUCCAGACACCGAAACUUGUUUAUCCCCCAGCAAGUGUUAAGGUCUGGUGUGCCUUUAUGGAAAUGGGAUCCCAAAAGUCGCCAAUGUCGCAUUAAGUAAUAAACAGAUCAUGUGCUUCUCCAUUUCGUCAGGAAAGCCUCUUUAAUCAUUACAUCCCGCAAGCACGUAGAAAUUUCGACUAACCUGGUCCAGAGAUAUCUCCAGUGUAGUAUAAUGAGGAGGGGUCUAGUUUCAGAAAGCCGCCACUAUCCGAAAAUCGUUUCUAUGGGGGUUAUACCUGGUUUUCUUCGUAGUGAAAAUCAACAGAUGGAUGACUUCUUCCGGCCUCUUCAAGAUCUUUGUCGGAAUCUCAUCGGGACAUGAUGAUGUUGACUCCUUUGGCUUCAUCAGCUCCAUCAGGAACAGGCCUUCGGUCUCAGUAAUUGUGGCAUCUUCGAAGUCACUCAGGGGAGGGUUGAAUCCAAUUUCCCUACUAAAAACAGACCGAGAAAAUUCGGAAAGAUGAUCAGCUUUCGCUUUAUCUUCAGUGAGAUUUUCAUCUCCUUAGCAGUUGUAUUGGCCCCUUGUUUUGCGUGCUCUGUCUUUUGUAACCGUAAAAUAAUUUAGGAUUCCCUGCGGCACGGUUAAGCAGAUCCAGUUCGAAAUAUCUUUUUGUUCUAAGGAUAAGGCCCUUGACUCGAUUUCCUUAAACUUUUUAUGUAAACAUGGUUAUGCCGUUUUCUCUGUCAGAAGGAUGCUUGAGGCGAGAGAUGACGUUUCAGGCAAGACGUUACAGGCAAGACAUUACAGGCAAGACAUUACAGGCAAGACGUUGGCUUUGUGAGCUGUCUAGGAACCUAGAAACGCAGAGUGGCUCUUGUUUGGUUUUCGCUUUGCACGCGGUCAUCUAGUGUGGGUGAGGUUCUUGCACUUAGUAUUCAGCAUAAUGGAAAGGAAGUUUUGUAGUUUUGCAAAUUGAAUAAUCUUAGUCUUCAAUUGAUGUUACGUGAGAGUCCUCAACCUCUCUUCAAUGUGGAAGACAUCUUUUCUACUUUGUAGAACUUUAUGAAUUAUAAUUUCAUGGCAAGUAAGACAUAAGAGAUGCGGCUUUCGAAAUCUGCCAAAACCUGUUUGUUCCAACAUUUCUGGUGUGUGUUCCAUUUUAAAAUCAAGGUUUCACCGUUUCUAGACAGUCGAGUGCAAUCACUCCUUGAUGUGUUAGGCGCGAGUUAUUUUGAGAAUGACAAUGUCAUCGGUAUGGUGAGCCCACAACAUUAGCUGUUAGCUGCUGAACACCAAGUACCCUCUCCCAUGAAGGAUAACGUCGGCAAUCAAGCCCGAUAGAGAGUAGUCCACAGGAGUAUCCUAUAGUUGUUCAUGCAUCUACUCAUCAAAAUAGAAGUAGGUUUUAGGACACUGGGCUGACGGUUAAUAACAUUGCCGGCAAUCAACAUAGCUAUCCAAGCCUUAAGCAAAAUAAUAAAUCCAUGUCAACCAGCCGUUGUUCUUUCCGAAAUUAUAACCUUGGAUAUCCCAAUUUUGAAAAUUUUGAUGCAGAUUUAUCCAAAACAAGCGUACAAUAUUUUGGGUUGGGGGUCGGAAGCGACGAGCUGCAGCUUCUUCCCUCACUUAAAUCAAUAUUUUCGGUGGGUGUACUUCUGGUGUCGUUUACCCGAAUGUGUUUUGAAUUCACGGAAGCCGUUAGAAAAUAGUCCGCUUUAGUGCCAUCAGAUUUAAUUUUGCCUCUUGCAUGUUUUAUCUGACUAUCUUUACAUAACUUGGCAGAUCUUUUAGCACUUAGGCGUCAGAAGUUGACUUCUGAUAAUUCACUGCGCAAUUUUCGGACACAAUCAAGUUUGAGCAGGCUGUUACCUUUUAAGAUUUCGUACUCAAGAUUUUGUAGCGGUUUUUUGUUUAAUUCACAGGCGAAGAAUGUCGAGGUGCAGGUUUUGCUGUCAACUGGCCUUCCUUCAGCCUGUCCGCGCUGCGGCUAUUUUUCAAAUUACAAGGAAACUUCACAAGCCACACUAUACUCCCGGCCUCCAAUGACGAAAUUAAACAACGGCCUGAAGAGUUCAUAUACUAUCCUGCCCUUGGAGCAAACAACCAACAUCUACAACGAUACGGCUCCCUCAACCAACAGCUGUGUCUCAGAAGGGCUGCCUCAAACCGCCAAUCUCUCUAACGAACGCACUCCAAGGAGGUGUAUCGUUCAGGAAGGUGGCACAACUGAUGGUGUUUAUAAUGCCUACUCAGUGCCUCACUCUAUCUUCCUAAACUAUCCCGUGCCUAAGCAACACGCGGCCAGUGCAAAGAUUGAGGGGCAUGUAAAGUCGGCUAACAUCAGCAGUUCAUCGUAUGACUAUGCUGUGGAAGAUUGA